CCCUCCCGCCGGCCGCAGUCACGCUCCGUACGUCCGGCGGGAAGCGCUGACGCUGUACGUAGCGGCGGCGUGUGCGUGACGCAGUUGCCCAUGGUAACCCCGGAGCCGCGCAGAGGAUGGGUUUACUGUCAAUCCUGCGUAAACUGAAAAGCACCCCAGACCAGGAGGUGAGAAUUCUCCUCUUGGGACUGGAUAAUGCAGGCAAGACCACACUCCUGAAACAGUUGGCAUCUGAGGACAUCAGCCACAUCACACCAACACAGGGCUUCAACAUCAAAAGUGUACAGUCUCAAGGCUUCAAGCUGAAUGUAUGGGACAUAGGUGGACAGAGGAAGAUCAGGCCAUACUGGAGGAACUAUUUUGAAAACACUGAUAUCCUUAUCUAUGUCAUUGACAGUGCAGAUAGGAAGAGGUUUGAAGAAACAGGUCAGGAGCUGGCUGAGCUUUUGGAUGAAGAAAAGCUUAGUGGAGUCCCCGUGCUCAUAUUUGCUAACAAGCAGGAUUUGCUGACGGCUGCCCCUGCUUCAGAAAUUGCCGAGGGACUGAACCUACACACAAUUCGGGACAGAGUCUGGCAGAUCCAGUCUUGUUCAGCGCUUUCGGGAGAGGGAGUACAGGAUGGCAUGAAUUGGGUGUGCAAAAAUGUCAAUGCUAAGAAGAAAUAAAGCGUUCUGAGCUGCAUGGAAAUGGAGGAGCGGUGGGAGCAGAAUUCUAGCCUGAAAACACUAAUUUACUGCUUUCUGACCAAAUGUUUUUCCAUCUGUGCACAGCUACAGCUGUUAAAAGAAAAAAAAAAAAGACAGAGAGAGAGAAAAAAAAAAAAAAGGGAACAACAUCAGUUAAAAGAUGCUGCUGGAUUUGGAAUUUGACCUGCUCUUUAGUAUAUUUUUUUUAUCCCAAUAAAGGAAUUAUAUAUUUCCUUCCUAUGCAUAAAUAGUAUUAAAUGUCUGAUUAGUAAGCAAGUUUGUAAGCAGAAGCAAGACUGAUUUAGUGUGGAGCAGAGGGAAUGGUGAGUUACUGUAGUUACUUAGAUGCAUAGGACCUGCCCUAUACAUGAGGGUUUGCAAUUGCUGAGGGCAUGCUGAGGUGUCAGUCACAGCUUCCCCUCAGCGACAGAAAAUGCGGUUGUGUUACCAAUUGUGGGUAGUUUUUUAAAAUAAAGCUGCUAAGGAGUCAUUUGUGUAAUAAGGAUAGAAGAAUUCCACAUAUUCCUAUAGCCAUAAAAGAGGAGUUUGAUCAUAACAAGGUACUGUUGCAUUGCGACACUACUGUAGAAGGGAGAGAAGGGUUAUAUGUGUAUAGUUAAAGCUCUUUACAGUUGAAAUAAUGCAGGAUGAGCACGCGUAGGACUUUUUCUGCAGCUGAAGGAGAAUUUAACCCAGCAUUUCACCUUGAGCCAGCAAAAAAAUGUGGUUCCUGUGUUCAGUAAGUUCCAUAUGCGAGAUUAGCCUUGAUGUUGAACAAUCCCUGUUGAUUUUCCCUUGCUGUUAAGGCAACUCUGCAGCAAAAUGCAAUUAAGUCCAUGAUUACUUUCUAGAAUGAGAUACCUGAUCCCAGGCUUCCUUUUUGAAACGUGCAAGAAAUAUACUCCCACCCCUCUUCCUCAGCAGGCCAUGCCUAGUCCAAUGGAAGACUCAGGGGACUGCCCCAUGGUUGGGCCUGAGGUGCCCCAGCCCAGUGUGGACUGCAGAUUGCCCUGGUGGAGGAUGAGGAGCCUGGUGAACAGCAGAUGGGAAGCACUCUUUAAAAUGAGGAUUCAUUCUUCCCCAAACUGGCUUUGCUCUGAAACAACGCAGUUGCUGAAAUAGGAAAGAGAAUGUGUUUCCCAUAGCUGAUUCAAAUCCAGCCCCAGCUGACAGUGAGCAGGAGUCAUUAGUACAGCCAAGCAGCCAUGUCCUGCAUGAAGUGAGCUUGGUGACUCCUGGGCCAGUUUCUAAUGCACAGAUGGCAAAAUAAUCCCACUGCCCUGCUUGCCAGCUUUGUUUGCUGCCUGCCUAAAAAAGGCCAGAGAAUAACUAGGGGACUGUAUUACCCCUUCCACCUCCUGGAUACGGACCGGCGGGCAGCGUGGGGAGAGCUGCCUGUACUACAGCAUGUGGCUUUACCACGCGUCAGCGAGUUGACUCAUGGACCCAGGCAGACGGCUGACACCCCUGGAGCGCCCAGAUCUUUGCUCCUCUCUUCCCCUGAACGUCUCCACCUCACGGCAGAAACAUCUGCACUGUACUUGAAGCAGUCCCUGACCACCUACAUGUUACAUACAGCCCAGCAGAUUAAAAUAAUCUGUGGCUGAUCCCGGGUCCCCCCAUACAUCAGGAUCUGCAGUAGCGGUUCAGGGGUUGAACUACACGUACAUCUGUGUGUAGUUCAUCUGCCUUUGCUGUGGCUGGGUGCAGAGGGACAGCUGCGACAGCAACUGCUUUAGCAAUCCAACUUUAAUCUGCCUGCGUCCGUGAGUCAGCACCCUCCGAGUGCAUCUGUCUUUGGCACUGGGGCAGGACAUGCAUGGCGAAGUAGCACAGCCUUGCUUUAAAACUGAACAACUGGGAGGAGGAGAGGGUGGUGUGGGGGUGAAGAGAAAGCUCAAGUGAGCUGUUAAGCAAUCACUAAUGACACAAAGUGACACAGCUCCCGCUUUGCUUGGAUUGAGCGAAUAGUCAUGAGGAGGGAUGGUCAUUUAAACAUAGCUCGUUCAAUGAAUCCCCACCUGCAAUGGCUUAUCAGGAACCUCAGGACUCUGGGCACCAUGUGUUCCUGGGUCAGCCCAAGGAGGAGAAACGAAUUCCAGCAUCAUCUUUUCCUUGCAAUUAAUUCAUUUAUCUGAUGCAAGACUUGAAGCCCUUUCCUAAAAGCAUGCUUUGUGCUUGCUUAGUGGCAGAUACACCUGAGCUUUGAAUUUGCCCACACUGCAUACCAGGUGCAGAGCUAAUUGCUUGGGUACUCUUCCUCUGGCCCAGGGAGGACAGAGCAGAGUCCCCUUGGGUGCUUGGGUGUUGAUCAUUCUCACUUGAAAGGGAAUUGAGUUGGUGCUUCCUUUUUUACCAGUGGCAAACUUAACCAUGUGACACCCCAUCUUGUGUCACAGUGAGCUUUCUGGGGCCAAAAAGCAUCUAGGAAAGUAAUACGGUUUUGGGUUUUUUUUUUGGAAUCACAAGGUGAUACUUGGAAAUCUGUGUAAAAUAUACUAAUUUUCUCAUCUUUCCAGUUUGAAAGGAAAAAAUUACCUUACUGAACUCAGGAUCCAGAAGUAUUUGCUGGCUCAUUCCUUAUAUUUGUGUGUAACUACACGUAUUGGUUGCAUGCAUCUGUACCAGCCAGAGUUUCACCUGUAAUCCAGUAGAUCAAUUUGGUGUAACUGUGCCAGGUAGUUAGAGAGCAAGUCAUGCUGGGAGGAUGGAAGUGGAAGGUUAAAAUGACCAUGACUUAGGUAAGUCUGAUGGCUGUAAAUGCUCCUUGUAUUGUAAACAUCUCUCUGUGUGUGUUCUGGUGACAAUGUAAAAGGAUUUGAGGUUCUGUUCACUUGCUGCUCCUUAUCUGAAUGUAUUUACAUCUUCUCCCUUGGUAAUGCUUGGCUAAAUACCACCUGUAAAACUGGCUGGGGCCAGCCAAAUCACUGUUCAGUGGAACCCCUGCCCCUCUCUCAGCCCUUCAGCUCCUGUUAGGUUUAUGGUAAUUGCAUGCAUGAGGCUUUGUCCUUCCAACUCCAUCUGCUUUGCCCUCCUUUAAGUGAGAUUCAGGGAAAGCAAACCACCUCAUUGGUAUGGGUGGAGCUUUGCCACACGUCGCAUCAAUUCAGAGGGUUUUAAAGCCAAAAGGGACCAUUAUGUUCCUCUCUCCUGACCUCUUGCAUAACACAACCCAUGAAAUGCCACCCUGCCAGCACAGUGACUUGUGGUUGGAUUAGAGCACCUGUGGUAGGAAAACACCCAGCCUUGAUUUAAAGGCUCAGAGUGACAGAGAGA